CUUGUCCACCAGGGACCAUUCAUUUGAUCACUGGGAACAGAGGGACCAAAGGGGUCAGUGAUGGGCGGGGCAAGCAGUGAAAUGAUAAUGUAAAUGUACUCUAGGAGGAGGAGGGGGCGCUAAGACUCGUACAUAUAUUGAGAAAGAAGACGAGAUUGAAAAGAACAGUGGUAUACUUGUGAUACUUGAGAUACAUUUAGGAACUGACCAACUGAAGGACAAGCAGAGUGAGCUACCGGCGGGACUACGGGACUCCUGAAGUGAUAAAGUUGUAAGAGUUGAAACCAAGGUGGGAAUAUCAUGUGUGUAUCUCGGCUGGUUUUGCUGCUUGGGCUACUUCUAUGUGUGGGAGCUCAGCUGUCCAAUGCCCAGCACUGGUCCCACGGUUGGUACCCCGGAGGCAAGAGGGAACUGGACUCUUUUGGCACGUCAGAGAUUUCAGAGGAGAUUAAGCUGUGUGAGGCGGGAGAAUGCAGCUACUUGAGACCCCAGAGGAGGGGUGUUCUGCGAAGUAUUCUUUUGGAUGCCUUAGCCAGGGAGCUCCAGAAGAGGAAGUGAGAGCUUUCCAUCCUGAACUGCUUUUCUACCUAGUGACCCUCGUCUACAGUGUCCUCGUGUUGAUGUGAAACUUUAUGUCGAUUCUCUGUUUUGUCAGAUUUGUCAGUGAAUUUGUUUUCACGGCAUUACAUGGAUUUUCCCUGUGGAAAAGAAAUGUUGGAAAAAUAUGAUGUCAUAUAAUAAAGUAUCUAUUUUGAUAUUAA